AUUUUAGCCUACAGCCCGGAGAAGCUUCAGUUCACCGCUGAAAUCCGAUGGACGGAACGCGACAACGGGAACUUGUGGCUGCUGACCACCAGAUUUCAAAAGUUCUUCAAACAGGAGGUGAACAUGCGCGACAUCAACAUCCGAAUAAUGAGGCUGACACCGAUGCAAUAUCGGUUGAAGCAUCCGGCCCUCAAUUCGUUCAAUCAGCCAUACAUUCCGUCGCAAUGCACGUUAGAAAGUAGUAGAGAAAAUGUAGCGAAUCGCAGAAUUACAUCAAGACGCAAGCAGAGUUAUACACGAGGACAGAAAAUAUUUUAUGUAAUAUCUAUUUGUCCCUUGAAAAAA